UUGCGUUGCACCAUGUCGAACUCGAAAGGGAUAGCCCUCGUCACUGGUGCAGCUCGCGGCCUUGGCUACUCCAUUGCUCUACGUCUCGCGCAAGAUGGCUUUGACCUCGGAUUGAAUGAUUUAGCCCCUAACAGGGAGGCCCUCGAAUCUCUCAAGAAGGAAAUCGGACUUCUCGGUCGCUCGGCCUCUACUCAUAUCGCAGAUGUUUCACAAGAAGAUCAGGUGGUCGCGAUGAUUGCUCAAGUAAUUGAACAACAUGGAGGCCUGGACGUGAUGGUUGCCAACGCUGGCGUUGCAGGAGCACCUGGUGUUCCUUUCAUCGAAAUCCCAGUCGAAGAAUGGGAUCGAGUUAUGAACAUCAACACGCGUUCGACAUUUCUAUGCUACAAGCAUGCCGCCGCGCAAAUGGUCAAGCAGGGGCGCGGUGGAAGUAUCAUCGGGGCCUCAUCUGUCGCUGGCAAGCAAGGAAUGCCAUUCAAUGGACCCUACUCUGCAUCUAAGUUCGCUAUCCGUGGCCUGACGCAAGCCGUCGCUAGUGAAUAUGGGUCGCAUGGAAUCCGCGUAAAUGCCUAUGCGCCAGGUCUCAUCGAUACCCCCAUGUUGAACGCAGCUGCAGUGAAUGGUGAUGUCGCUCAACUCAAGGCUCAAAUACUUCAGCAACAGCCGAUCCAGCGCACAGGAGCCCCGAACGAUGUUGCAAGCGUCGUGUCGUUCCUUGCGUCCAAGGAGUCCACAUUCAUCACAGGACAAAGUAUCUCUGUGAACGGGGGUUUAUUCUAUGACUGA